UGCUGAUGGAGGUUUGUCAGGAGAAGCAUCUGCUGUUAGCUAAACAUCUCUAGUUAGGUUGAGGGCAGUUAUUAGGGUUUUGUUCGACAGAGUCAGUGCUGAGGACUUGGCUGGCCAAAAUGGCGUCCGACAUGCCGGUUUCAAGGGGUAUAAUGACCUUUUACCCCACAAUUGAAGAAUUCAAGAACUUCAACCGCUACAUUGCGUAUAUGGAGUCCCAAGGUGCACACAAGGCAGGCCUGGCCAAGAUCGUCCCGCCCAAAAACUGGAAGCCUCGACGUUCAUACGAUGACAUUGAUGACUUGCUGAUACCUGCACCGAUUCAGCAGGUUGUGACUGGGCAGUCAGGGCUGUUCACCCAGUACAACAUCCAAAAAAAAGCCAUGACUGUGAAAGAGUUCCGUAAAACAGCCAACAGUGACAAGUUUUGCAGUCCUCGGUAUGAUGAUUUUGAAGAGCUUGAAAGGAAAUACUGGAAAAAUUUAACCUUUAACCCUCCUAUAUAUGGAGCUGAUGUGAAUGGGACCCUUUAUGACCCAGAUGUCAAAGAAUGGAAUGUAGGGCACUUGAAUACCAUCCUUGACACCGUGGAGCAUCACAGUGGGAUCACUAUAGAAGGAGUGAACACACCCUACCUCUACUUUGGAAUGUGGAAAACCACUUUUGCUUGGCACACUGAGGACAUGGAUCUCUAUAGCAUUAAUUACUUACAUUUUGGGGAACCAAAGUCUUGGUACUGCGUGCCCCCCGAACAUGGAAAACGACUAGAGCGGUUAGCCAAAGGCUUUUUCCCUGGAAGUUCACAAAACUGUGAAGCAUUCCUUAGGCACAAGAUGACUCUUAUUUCACCCUCAAUUCUAAAGAAGUAUGGCAUUCCUUUUGAAAAGAUCACUCAGGAGGCUGGAGAGUUCAUGAUAACAUUUCCAUAUGGCUAUCAUGCAGGGUUUAACCAUGGUUUCAACUGUGCUGAAUCUACCAACUUUGCCACAAGACGAUGGAUUGACUAUGGAAAGCAAGCUAUAAUGUGUUCUUGUAGAAAAGACAUGGUGAAGAUCUCCAUGGAUGUGUUUGUAAGGAAAUUUCAGCCUGAACGGUACGAGUUGUGGUUGGCGGGGAAGGACAAUGCUCCCAUUGACCACUCCAAGCCUACGCCCGAAGCAGCUGAGUUUUUAGGUGGAGAGGCUGAGAAAAGUGGUGCUCAGGAACUCUGCUUUGAGAACCAAAGUAGUGAAGGACAAAAAAAGAGCUUGGCUAAACAAAGGAUAGGAACCAAAAGACACCGAGUGUGUCUGGAUUUACCAGAGGAAGUUCUUCCAAAGAGUGAAACGAACGAUGAGGAGGCUGAAUAUGGGAAGAAGAGCCGCUUGACUACAUACACAGAACAAUGCAGAGAGUAUCCAGAAUUGAAAGAUGAAGAUGAUCUGCUGCCUCUGACGGGCUCAACCAGUUUAAAGAUGCUUCCUGGUUCCAGAAGCACUGCAUCCAGGGAGCAUGUUAGGGAAGCAUGUUUAAGUGCCGCAAACCCUUCUUCAGCCUCUACACAGUCCUUCCCAAAGCGUCACCUCUCUAUAGCAUCUGUCCCUACUGUCCCUCACUGCCUGUCAGCUGUGCCACGGAUUUCCACCAAACCAGGGGUGGCAAGCCUUCUCUUUCAUCGGACCCUGAGCCCUUCAGAUGCCCUGCAGGUCCACAGCUAUGCAGCCAGAACAGCGCUCCAUAAACCUCAACAACCCAGCACAGAGAAACCCAGAGAAGACCUCAAUGAGCCAGACAUCAAACCAGAUGUGAGGCCAAAUACGCCACAACCAAACACAAAGCUUGAAAUCGAGGGAGAGAAAGAGAAUAAGAGCAUGAAGAGGAAACUGCAGCCACUCAGUAAAUUGCCACGCUUUCAUCCCCUGCUCAGAGAGAGCUCCAGUGAUGACGAGAUUCAAGAGCCAGCAGCUGAGCCAGAGGAGACCGAUCCCUGGGCCAGACUCCUUGCUCCCAUGUGGCAAAGCAAGCAACGCAACUUUAGAGUUGAGAAGGAUUUUAACUUCUGCAUGGGCCAGCAACCUCCGUACUGUGCAGUGUGUACUCUCUUUCACACGUACACAGAGAGUGACGUAAUCAGCCUGAGCCAGAGCAGUUCUGCAGCUGAAGGAGACAAACGGAGGACCAAGCCACUGAUUCCAGAGAUGUGCUUCACCAGCAGCUCUGAAGGACACCUGUCCACUCCGAAUGUGGAGGAAGACGGAACUAGCCAACUCGUCAGCUGCUCUGUGUGUAGUGUGCGCGUUCAUACAACUGAGAAAUGCCAGUUUUGCCGUAAAUGGGUGAAGAAGAGCACUGGUUGCUGCGUGCAAUGCUCACAUGGCCGCUGUUCCACUUCCUUUCACCCGAGCUGUGCACAGGCAGCUGGAGUUCAAAUGCACCCGGAUGAUUGGCCGUUUGUGGUCUACUUUACCUGCUGGAGACACAAGGGUGGCAUCCAAAUAGAGCAACGCAACAAGGCAUCUAUGCGCGAGUUGGAGAAGGGACAGAAAGUAAUCUCCAAGCACAGAAAUGGCCGUUACUACCAUUGUGAGGUGGUUGAGCUGACAAAGGCCACCUUUUAUGAGGUUAUCUUUGAUGAUGGCUCAUUCAGUGACAACUUGUUCCCUGAGGAUAUAGUGAAUAGAGACUGUAGGCAGCUCGGUCCACCAUCAGAGGGAGAUGUAGUUCAAGUGCGCUGGACAGAUGGCCUGAUCUAUGGAGCCAAAUUUGUGUCUGACCAUAUCAUCCCAAUGUACCAGGUGGAAUUUGAAGAUGACUCUCAGCUUACUGUAAAGAGGGAAGAUGUGUACAGUUUGAACGAGGUGCUGCCCAAACGUGUUAAAGCCCGCUUGUCUGUGGCGUCGGAUAUGCGCUUCAAAGGAGUGUUUGUGGAGAAGGAGGUGAAGCAAGACUCAAAAAGACAGCGUGUGAUUAACUCCCGCUAUAGAGAGGACUACAUCGAACCGGUCAUAUACAGAAGCAUCAUGGAGUAACUUACUCCACACAGACAGUGUCUUCAACAAACAGAUCAAUUCGCCAGAAAAACAGGCUGGACUAGAUGUCUCUGUUUAAAGUGGACAAAUGUCAUCACGUGAUCAGACAACUGCAAAUACAGUACAGAGCCUUUUGUUUUUAAAAACACCAAAAUCAAGUUUUAGACCUUCAGGCUAAGUAUGAAUUCUCAUUGCUGUGAACGGUCUUCAGCCAGCACAGAUGAGAGUCCCAGAGAUUAAAUGCUAGGAAUGUCUUUUGUAAGAGUGUUUG